CCGGUCGAGCCAGACCGUCUGCUCUCGUGAGAAUCGGGGCGCGCUCGGAGACUCGCACGGCCCGCGGUCGCGCGCAGCCCCGCCCCCCCGGCACGCAGGCCCCGCGCGAGCUGGCGCACGCGCGCACCCGCCAGGGCCUCGGUCUGGCCCGCGAGGACUGGCGGGCGGAGAGCGGGCCGCUGAGGUGCGGGGGAGGAGCCCGAGCCGCCGCCGGCGCCGAGGAGCAUGUCUGCAAGUCGGGCCAAGAAAGUGAAGAUGGCCACCAAAUCGUGCCCCGAGUGCGACCAACAGCAUGGCGUGCCGAGCGGUGCCAAUGUCCGCACCCGGAUCCGAACCGCGAACCCGGGGCGCCGGAGUGGAACGUGCGCACUUGUGGGCUGCGCCCGCCGGCCCUGAGGUUCCUGUUGCAUGUAAAACUUGUCCCUGUGGUUAUGUAUUUAUUAAUAGGAAACUUCUAAAAAUAAAACACUCAGAGAAAUCAUCACCUUUUACAGAAGUGAACGAUACCAUAUCUCUGAAAGAUUUGCGAAUACUUUUUUUAUAUGAAUUUAAAUUAGGACAUAGUGCAGCCAUGGCAAGUAGAAACAUCAAUUCUGUCUUUGGAGAAGGCUGUGUUAGUGAAAGGACUGUCCGGUGGUGGUUUGAAAAAUUUCGUUCUGGUGAUCUGAGUCUGAAAAAUGAGCCUCGAGGGAGACCCAAAUGUGUUUUAAAUCAAGAUAAGUUGAGAGCCAUGGUGGAAGCUAACCCCAAAACAGCAAUUCGAGGCCUUGCAGCUGACUUAGGAGUUUCUGCUACAACAAUUUCUCGACACCUGGCUGCAAUAGGAAAGAUUACCACCUUUUCAUCAUUUGGAACUCUUUCUGAGAAACAGAAUGUUCUCCCAUUAAGAAGGAGUAAUUGGAGGAUUUGAAGAAGUUUUUUUCUUUUUUUUUUUUUUGGUGAGGAAGAUUCGCCCUGACCUAACAUUGGUUGCCAAUCCUCCUGUUUUUGCUGGAGGAAGCUUGUCCCUGAGCUAACAUCUG